AUGGCUGAUGUGGCCCCCUGGGGACAUGGGGGUGACGGCGCUGGUGAUCCACCGCUUCCUCCUGGUGGAUUUCGUGGCACACACGAGACAGACGCGGUUCCCCCGAAGAGGGUUAGGGGGAAAGCAAAAAACGAGAAACUAAGGCGUCUAGAAAAUUUCAAUUUUGAUGAAGUGGAACGUGAUAUAGAGGCCAAAAACUUGACGGGUGGCAUUAGGGCUGUGCUUAUGAAGCGGUACUCUGACCGCAAGCACGAUGCUAAAAAAUUAUUUAAGAGCAAGGGAGGUUACAAUGAUCUUGAGAGUGCAAGGGCAUUCCAUCCCCCGGAUAUGCCCUAUGAUAACUGGUUGAGAACCAUCGAAGGUUUCCGGGAAGAAAAAUAUAUUAAAAGAAGCAAUGCCAACACACUAGUACGCGAGAAACAACAAUUCCCAUACCGUGGGGGGACAUCUUCGUACGGUAGCACCGCCUAUAAAAAUGAUAUGGGUUGGGUACCUACGUAUGCUAAAACCCACACAGACAAUCAAGGGAAUUGGGUUGAUCCGGUUGCUGAACAAAAUUACCGGAACAUACAACACGCGACAAGUGAAUGGAGCGGUGAGGGUCCGCCAAUUGCCCCGUAUCAGGAAGCGUUGGGUGAGCGGCGAGGAUGGUACCGCGGGAUGGGGCCUAAAACUUCUUCCAACACGUCCUCGCACUCGUCAUCUAACAUGUCGUCUUCGCAAUCUCGGACGCAAGAACCCUUUUCCGAGGAUUUUGUUAACAGCUUGUUCCAAACCCCGUCAUUUUUGAACCAACUUAACAACUAUCUUGCUUCACAAGGAAAAGGAAAAGGAAAGUCAAAAGACUACGAUUCUGACAACUUAUUCGAUAAUGAAUCCGACGAUGAACCCAAUGAUAACGAUGACGAUGAGUGACUAGUUUUUAAUGUAUGCUUUGGAUUUAAUUAAACGUUGUAGGAUAUAAUGUACGACUUAAACGUAGUUUUUAAGUAUAUUACCUUUAGUAUAUGUUGAUUAUGU